AGUUAUUCAAUGAUUUUAUGACUCCUGGUGGAAGAAAAAGUGUUCUCUUCUUUUAUCAAGAAACAGAACAUGAAGCGAAAGAUUCAUUGGUUGGAAAGAUGUUGAAACACUUGUUUCUGACUGAUGGUACCAGCUUGGCACUGACGGGGCAGUGUGUCAUAUUCGUUCGUGUAAACAACAGCAAGGCAUUGACGAGUAGUAAUAUCAGUGAGGAGGUUUGUUGUCAGAUGUUAGAUAUGACAGGCCAACAGAGUUUACUGAUUGCGGUACAGCAGCUAUUAAGCACUGUGAUGAUACCUGCACUAAGAUCUUGGAAAAAGUGGGGUCCUUUAGAAGAAUACAAAACUGGUAAAAAUGACCAGGAACGCUGUUUGCUGUCAUUGGAUUUAUUCAUUGACUUUUUGAAAGAAUCGAAUCAGAAUCUUUCCAGCACAGUGACAUUGUCACAUGAGUGCAAAGUGAAUGUCAAUUCCAUUCAUCCUUCUAAUAUGAAGGCAGCAGCCAAUAAUCCAGAAACUGUUGCAGCCUUUGAAGAACUUGCUACCAAAUGGUGUAAAGAAAUUGAGCAGGUUUUAACAGAAAGUGAACAAAUGCGAAAGGAGACUGAUGAUAUUGGGCCAUUGGCAGAACUAGAGCACUGGAAGCAUCGUAUGGCCAAAUUUAAUUCUUUGCUAGAGGAAAUCAGAUCUCAGAAUUGUCGCAUUGUAUUGAGUGUGCUUGCUGGAGCUCAAUCUAAAGUUGUCAAAUUGUGGAAAGAAUUGGAUGAAAGAAUUACUAAGGCUUAUGGGGAAGCUAAAGACAAUGUCAAGUUUCUAUAUACACUGGAGAAACCAUGCAUUUCUCUUUACAAGAGUGAUCCAGUUUCAAUGCUUGAAUGCGUUCCUGGAAUUAUAAAUGCAGUUCGUAUGAUCUACAGUGUGUCUUACUACUACAAUUCUUCUGAGCGAAUGACUUCCCUGUUUGUUAAGAUCACUAAUCAAAUGGUGACAGCAUGCAAGAAUUACAUUACUGAAAAUGGUAGCUGCAGAGUGUGGGAUGUGCAACGACAAACACUUGUUGCUCGAAUUCAAGCAUGUUUAAGGCUGAACCACGAAUAUCAGUGUUACUUCCAACACACAAAGCGCAUGUUGCAAAUGUCACCAUCUGAGCGAGACUUUGAUUUCUCAGAACUGUACAUCUUUGGGAAAUUUGAAGCUUUCUGCAAACGCUUGAAAAAGAUUGAAAAGAUGGCAAACACUAUUGAAGCACUUUCUGUGUUGAUGGAGUCUCAGAUUGAAGGAGUUGAACCAAUAGUUGGCAAGCUGAAUCACAUUGUUUCUACAGUAAAGAAGAAGCCUUAUGACAUUUUGGAUCAUCGAAAGAUGGAUUUUGAUGGUGACUUUGACGACUUUUACCGGCAAGUAGUUGAACUGGAAUUGCAGCUGCAAAACUUCAUUGACUCUGCAGUGAUCAAAAUGCCUUCAAUAUUCCAAGCUCUUAAGUUCAUAUCAAGGUUUGUUGCUUUGAGAAUUCCCAAUCUCAAAGACUACCUGUUUCAAUGCCAUGUUAUUCUUCUUCGCCAAUUUGUUGAGGAAGUUGAAUAUAUUGCAUGGCUGUAUGAAGAACAAAGGGAAAACCCUCCUAUUGCCGCCAACAUGCCACCAAUUGCUGGUCGCAUUGGCUGGGCACAGCAACUAUUUCUUCGUCUGGAGACCUCAAUGAAACUUUUUCAGAAGCAAGAGCCUGGUGUUCUUGCAUUACCAGAAAGCAGAAAAGUUAUUCGAAUGUAUAACAGACUCAACUAUACAUUGGUCAAGUACCAAGUUCUUUAUCAUCAUGCAUGGUGCAAGCAGGUGGAGCAAGCAAAAUGUGGUUUACAGGCAACUUUAUUUGUCAGACAUCCCAGAACGGGGAAGAUCUUUCUUAAUUUAGAUCCUGGGAUAUUGCAGUUGCUGUCUGAGUCUGAAAUGCUUAUUAAAAUGUGCUUAGAUGUUCCUCCUGCUGCUCGCGAACUUUGUUUGAUUGGUGAUGACAUAAAGAAAAAUUACUGCUCUUUGAAGUCUCUUCUUGCUGCUUAUGAGAAAUGUCAAGCUGAAGUUCCAAGUUUGUUCAAGAAUCUCAUGAAAGCCCAACUUCUAAAGGUGGAUAAUGUACUAAGUGCAGGAUUAAGAGUUGUCACUUGGAAUUCAAUCAACAUUCCUGCAUUUGUAAAACAAGCAAUUGCUGCUAUAUGGGAAAUGGAGAAUCUUGCAAAACAGGUCAGCGAUAUUCAUCGGUGGAAAAUAGAACCUUUGCUUGAAGAAAUGACUUCCACAAUGUUGUGUACGUUCCCACCUGCUGGCAAGCCAUGGUCUACCACAGAAUUCUUAGAAGAAACAAAAAAACAUUGCUUUCAUGCUGCUAUUGUGCUUGAAAGUAGAAGCUUUCUUUUGGAGAUGGCUGUUCAGGAGUUGUUGUCAGUAUUUUGCUUGGCUCAAGGACCCAGUCAAAACAAAUUUAAUGCUAAUGACACUUUUGAAGCUGUAUCUAAUGGGUCUGCUUUAUCUGGCUCAUCUGAAGGAAAGAGUUGCAGUAGUGGAACAUUAGGUGCAGCUCAUGGGACAGGUGACAUGACUACAGUUGAUCAGGCAGUUCCAAAGGGUCAGCAAACAUCAAACAGACAGGAUGAAGGGACUGAGUUUAAAGAGUAUUGUGAUACUUUGGUUUCUCACAUCAACCAUUUGACAUUUGAUGCUUUGGUAAAAGCUACAAGAGAUUCACUGGAUGCACUUAGAAAAUGCUUUUUCUUUCCUCGAGGAUAUGCAGCACAGUCACUUCAUGGUACAGCCAAGAAGGGACAUAGAACGGCUCUUUUUAUGGCACAGAUUCAUCUAGCAAUACCCAACGUUAUAAUGCAACCAACUUUAGAUGAAAUGCAGCAUGCUGUCAGCAAGUCUGUUCAAUUGAUGUUGGAUGUCAGCAAAUACGUGUAUGGGUGGGGUCAGACUAGACCUACCAGUGCCGAUAUGUUGGAUCGUGAUGGAGUGGAGAAACUAGAGUCAGAGACUUCUUCUGAGUCUGCACUGACUCAGGCGAUGGCUCCAUCUGGUCUCAAGAAUUACUACAAGAGCGUGAGCGAGAACAAAGAUGUUUCAAAGUUGGUUAUGGUGUUGUCUGCAGUGUCACAGACAGCAAGGCAAGAUAUAAAUGUAAUACUGCUUGAGUUUGGUGCCUAUCAUCAACUUUGGGAAAAUGAACAAGCAACAGUUAUUCAAGAGUUUCUAAGUUGUGAUCCCUUGCUAUCUGACUUUGAGAAAAAAGUGCAGCUGUAUCAAAAAAUGGAGGGAAACAUAAGCAGUAUUCCUGAUAGACGGACAAUUUCUUUCACUGAGCUUUGCUUUGAACCAAUCAAGUAUGCUUUGUCUUUGGAAAUUAAAAGUUGGAUUCAAGCUUUUGGGCGUGCUUUGAAUGGCAAGUAUCGCUGCAGAAUGGAAGAGAUUAUACAGUUUGUUGGUGACUACAGCAAAAGGCUUAGUAGACCCAUUAAUGAUCUUGAAGAUGUACGAAAUGCUAUGGCUGCUCUAGAAGACAUCAGGCAAGGUCAGACAGAAAUGGACAUGUCUCUUGGGCCUGUUGAGGAAGCAUAUGCAAUGCUUCAGUUUUACAAUGUGUCAGUGGCCAAGGAAGAAUCAGAUCGAAUUGACUCGUUGCGCUAUUCUGUGGAGAAGCUUCUAUCACAAGCAGCUUCAGUUCAAAAUAAUCUUGGUAAAAUUCAACCUGAGCUGAAAUCAGAUUUGCUGACUGCUGUGCAACAUUUUGGUGGUGAACUCGCUGAUUUCAAUGCUAAUUAUGAAAAGGGGGGACCAAUGGUUGAAGGAUUGGCUCCUCAAGAAGCAAGUGUGCGUUUGGCUAUGUUUCAGGCACAGUUUACCGAAUUGUGGCGUCAGUUUGUAACUUGUUCAGGUGGGGAAGAGCUAUUUGGUCUCCCUGUUACUGACUACCCUAUUCUCAUGCACACUAAGAAGGAGCUCGGGCUGCUACAAAAGUUAUAUGGAUUAUAUGAUGCUGUUAUUGAUGGUGUGAACGGCUACUACGACAUGUUGUGGCAUGAUGUGGACAUUGACAAAAUCAACUCCGAACUAAUCGACUUUCAGAACCGGUGUCGUAAACUGCCUAAAGGCCUCAAAGAAUGGCAAGCAUUCAAGGACUUAAAAAAGAAGAUUGAUGAUUUUAAUGAAACAUGUCCUUUGUUGGAACUCAUGGCAAACAAAGCUAUGCAGAAUCGUCACUGGGAAAGGCUUACUGAAUUGACUGGUCACACAUUUGAUGUGGAGUCAGAGUCUUUUCACUUGAGGAAUAUUAUGGAGGCACCAUUAUUAGAGCACAAGGAUGACAUUGAAGAUAUUUGCAUUGCUGCUGUGAAGGAGAAGGACAUAGAGGCCAAGUUGAAUAGUGUUGUUGGUGAGUGGAGUGGUCAGGAAUUACAGUUUGUUUCUUUUAAAACUCGAGGUGAGCUCUUGCUGUCUGGUGAAUCAGCCUCAGAUGUUAUGUCAUUAAUGGAAGACAGUUUGAUGGUACUAAAUUCCCUCAUGAGCAAUCGUUACAAUGCACCCUUUAAGAAGGAAAUUCAGGCAUGGGUACAAAAAUUGUCUAAUACAUCAGACAUCAUUGAGAACUGGCUUGUUGUUCAAAAUCUAUGGGUCUACUUAGAGGCAGUAUUUGUGGGUGGUGACAUUGCUAAACAGUUACCAAAAGAAGCAAAACGGUUCCAAAAUAUUGAUAAGUCUUGGGUAAAGAUUAUGACGCGUGCUCACGAAGUGCCAAAUGUAGUGCAGUGUUGUGUCGGUGACGAAAUGCUUGACCAGCUUUUACCGCAUUUGUUGGAACAACUUGAAUUGUGUCAGAAGUCUCUGAGCGGGUACUUGGAAAAGAAAAGGCUAGUAUUUCCAAGGUUCUUCUUUGUGUCUGAUCCAGCUUUGCUAGAAAUUCUUGGUCAAGCAAGUGAUUCACACACAAUACAGGCACAUCUUUUGGGAGUAUUUGACAACGUCAAGUCAGUUGUUUUUCAUGACAAAGAUUAUGACAAAAUCUUAGCCAUUUCGUCCAAAGAAGGAGAAUCAGUAGACCUGAGAAAGCCUGUACUAGCACAGGGUAAUGUUGAAACGUGGCUUUGCCAAUUAUUGUUGGAGUCUCAGCUUUCUCUUCAUGAGGUUAUAAGACAUGCAUCAUUUGCUACUGGAGAUGCAAACUUUAGCAUGCUUGACUUUCUCAACUCAUUUCCAGCUCAAGUUGGUUUACUGGGUAUUCAGAUGAUCUGGACAAGUGAGGCAGAGGAAGCACUGAAACAUGCAAGACAUGAUAAGAAGGUUAUGCAGCAGACAAAUGCACGAUUCUUACAAUUGCUGAACACUCUAAUCGAUACUACUACUCAAGAUUUGUCACAAAUGGAUCGUGUAAAGUAUGAAACGCUGGUUACAAUACAUGUUCAUCAAAGAGACAUAUUUGAUGAUUUGGUAAGUCUUAGGCUGUUAGUGAGCCCCGGGUAAUAUAUGU